AUGGCGGCGCAACCGCAUGCACGCAUUCACUCCACGGGGUCGCUCGACUCCUUCAACCCAGUGAUGGUGACACCAGUCAUUGGCACUGAAUUCCUCAAAGGCAGCUGCAACAUCGUCGACGACAUCCUCCACCACCCAAAUGCCGAGCAGCGCAUCCGUGACCUUGCCGUGAUGAUCGCCGAACGCGGUGUCGUCUUCUUCCGCGCCCAAAACAACCUCACCAACCCCCUCCAGAAAGCCCUCAUCCUCCGCCUCGGCGAACUGACCACCCGCCCUGCCACCCACGGCCUGCACAUCCACCCCGUCACCAACGACGCGCGCGAGUUUGGCGACCCGGACCCCGAAAUCAGCACCAUCCACUCCGAGGGCCGCAAGUCCCUCUACAAGGGCUCGGAGUACACCCGCCAGGCGGCCGUCUGGCACAGCGACAUCGCCUUCGAGAAGGCCCCCGCCGACUUCUCGAGUCUGCGCCUCACCCAGCUCCCCGCCACGGGGGGCGAUACCCUCUGGGCGUCCGGGUAUGAGAUUUACGACCGGUUGAGCAAGCCGUACCGCGCCUUCGUGGAGACGUUGACGGCUACGCAGGUUGGGGCGGGGUUUCGGCGCAUGGCGCAGGCGGGUGGAUUCACGAUGUAUACGGGGGAGAGGGGGGCGCCGGUGAAUGUUGGGGAGGAUUUGGUGGCGGUUCAUCCGGUAGUGCGCACGAAUCCGAUCACCGGGUGGAAGUCGGUUUUUGCGGUGGGUGAGUUUCUCUGGAAGACUUUUGAAUCAGGCGCAUUUCCCGCGAAGAUCAACGAGUUGACGCGCAAAGAGAGCGCGAAUAUGCUACAGUACUUCAACGAUAUGAUCACGCACGGGCAUGAUCUGCAGGUGCGGUUCAAGUGGCAUGAGCCAGAUGAUAUUGCUAUUUGGGAUAAUCGCAGCGUCUUUCACACCGCGACAGGCGACCACGAAGGGUUCGGGCCGAGGAGUGGCAACCGAGCCGUGGGGGUGGGUGAAGUGCCUUACUUCGAUCCGGACAGCAGAUCCAGGAGAGAAGAUCUGGGGAUAGAAGAUACGUUGUCUCCUGCGCAUUGGUAG